AUGGAGAAAGAUGCGGACAUCACAUCAAUAUAUUAUAAGCCUGAGAUCACAGAUAGUCAGAAAGAGUGCAUUUUGACGGACAUCAUUCAAGAGUUUAAGCUCUCAGAUAAUGCCGAGCAAGAAAUGUGUCUGAGGAUUAUCGGAGAGCAUUUUAUUCAUGGUAAUAUCAAACAAUUGCUUAUGUUUAUUACUGGGAUCGGGGGCUCUGGAAAGAGUCAUGUUAUUCGAGCAACUGUGGAGAUGUUUAGACGUUGUGGGGCGCCAGAGAAAUUGACGCUGAGUGCACCUACAGGAAGUGCUGCUGUUCUGAUUGAUGGAUACACCAUACAUGCAUUGACUUUUCUGCCUAAA